GGCGCCGGCUCCCUCCGCACCGGGGCGGUGCGCCCCAAAACCGGCGGGUUUUGCGCCAAACCCAGCAAGUUUCCGGAAAAAAAAAAAAAAAAAAAAAAAAAGGCAGUUUAGGGAAAAAGGGCAAGGUUCUGAAAAAGCCGCAGGUUCGCAAAAUAGCCGGUGAUUUGCCCUCAAAGCGGCAGAUUAUUUAAAAAACAAAACAAAGCAAAACAACCAAACCAAAAACCCCAGCAACUUCCCCAAAAAGGCAGCGGGUUUGGAUGAAAAACAGCAAGUUUCUGAAGAAGCGGCAGGUUGGCAAAGGAAACCCGGCCGGCGAGAUUGUGAAGAAGCAGUGAAGUUGCGGGGGGCAAAAAAUCCCAAACUUUUAAAAAAAAAAGAAACACCAAAAAAACCAAGUUUCCGAAAAAGCAGCGUUUUCCAAAGAAAGAUAAAGCCAAUUUCCAAAGCGACGCCGGGACGAGCGUUAUCCCAACGGUUUGGCUGAUAAACGUUCCCCGGCCGAGCUGGGUGCCUGACAGCCAUGGGUGCGCCGCGCUGGAGGGGUCUCCCGUCCGGGAAUCUUUCCGACUGUCCCAACGGCUCCCGUUGGGUGAUGGAGGUGUUCAACGAAUGCGCCCAGGACGGCCGGGACAUCGCCAGCGUCGUCCUGGGUCUGGUCUCCAUCUUCUGCUUUGCAGCUGCCUCUUUUCCGCAGUUUUACCAAGCCUGCAAAACGGGCAUCAUGGACCGAGCUCUCUCCAUCUAUUUCUUGCUGGGAUGGCUGGGCGGAGACCUCCUCAACCUCAUCGGUUCCUUCCUGGCCGACCAGUUGCCGCUGCAGGUUUACACGGCCGUUUACUACGUGCUGGCGGACCUGGUGAUGCUGUCGCUCUACGGCUACUACAAAGUGAAGAACCGGGGCCGAGGAUUCGCCGCCCCGAUCAACGCAGCCUUCGUCUUCCUUUCCUUGGGCACGGUGUGGACCGUCUCCCUGCUGGGCCGGGGAGCUGCCGUGGCGCAGGAGCCGGCGGCGUUCAAAGGGCGGUCUCUGCUCUCCGCUGGCGGGGAUGAGCUCGGGCCGAAGCCUUUCAGCAAGAGCGAGAUCGUCGGCUUCACCAUCGGCUCCGUCUCCUCCGUGCUGUACCUCUGCUCCCGCCUCCCCCAGAUCUACACGAACUACAAGAGGAAAUCCACCAUCGGGGUCUCCUACUCCCUCUUUGCCCUGGUGAUGCUGGGGAACUUGCUCUACGGCCUCAGCGUCCUCCUGAAGAACCCGGAGCCGGGGCAAGGCGAAGGCGUCUACGUCCUGCACCACCUGCCCUGGCUGGUGGGCAGCCUGGGCGUCCUUUCCCUCGACGUGGUUAUCUCCUUCCAGUUCCUUGCCUAUCGCAGAGGAAGACCCAGUACCCGGGAAGAGAGGGAUGCUCUUCUCGGCGAGCCGGGUGACGGCUUGGAGAGCUGACGAAGGGACCUGCCCCGCAGCGAGAAGAGGACGAUGCAGGGGAGAAAGCUGGCCGUAACGCCGGGCAAACCGGCCCCUGCGCCCUGGUGGCUCGUGGGAGGGGACGACCUGAGCCAGCGGGUGGCACGUUGUGCUGCUCGGACGCUAAGCCCAGCCGUGCGGCAAGAGGAUGCUGCUGAGACACCUCGUGCCUCUUUUGAUACCAAUGACGCUAUCGGGAUAAACAGGGAUUUAUUUCAUACCUCAGAAGGUCGCUCUUCGCUGCUUUUGUGCCCCACAGCUGAGGUCGGUCACUUCUUCUUUAUCUCCCGUCUCUCGGGGGUGAGCCGGAGCUUCCCCGGUGCUGGCAAAGAGCCUGAGGGGCUGCGGGGAGGGGACAGAGGUGACCGACCUGCCACCAACAGGAGCACCACUGACCUCCCUGGGCCUCACGUCUCCAGCGCCGACCUCUCUCUGGAAGAUACAGCAGUGGCUGGAACCAGCUGGGGAGGAAGGAGCAGCGUUAACCAAAGUAUUUUCGGUCGGCACAUACCUGUUUUAAUAAGCACAGCUCACGGGUCUCCAAAACAAGUCCUUGCCUCCUUUA